AGGACGUUGUUUGUGAGCAAGAUGAGGAGCGAAACGCUUAACUGCUGAAUACCCAGUCGACCUAAUUUUACCGACCUUUGUCAGAUAGAUAAACCAGGGACGGGAUGAUCCCCAGGCUGGGAAAUCUGGUCUGUUAGGCGCACAUGGCCAUGCGAUUAAGCGCAAGCUAGAACUUUCUGAGAAGCCGACUAGCUCCUUCGAGAAACCCACCCCCGUUUACUGUACGUCAUCAGAUCGAUCCUUUAAAGGAUCCGUAUGCGCUGUCAUGGCACAAUAUACAGGACCGCAGCUACAUCGGAGUAUGAAAAUACUGGCUCCCGUUGAAACAAUGGCUACAAAUGAUCCUCUGCCGCCAGGAUGGGAGAUCAAAAUUGACCCUCAGACAGGAUGGCCGUUUUUUGUGGAUCACAACAAUCGUAUUACAACAUGGAAUGACCCAAGGCAUGACACUAAAAAGAUCAUCCAACUUUCCCCAAAUGGCCCCUAUACACCUACAGAGUCAUCUCCUCAAGAUGUACCCAUGGCUUUUAUUCAGGAGAUGAAACAGCCAACUCUACGUCAAGGCUAUAUCCCAAUUCCUGUCACCCAUGAAAAUGUUGAGGCCAAACAACAACAGCAUCCAACAUUUUCAUAUAUGUAUCCAGUGAACCAGCAAAGUUUGAGGGCAGAUGGUCGGACUCCAUCUCCAACUUCUGCACUACACUGUCAGCCAAGAUCUCCAGUGCAGUGCCCAUCAGAGGCUGAUCUUCACUGCUUGUCCUGUUCACCUGUUUCACAGGGUGUUGAGGUUCACCAAGGACCCCAUUCACCUCAUGGGACACAGCCUCAUACCAAUUUCCUUCAUCAACCUUCCAGACCCAGUAGCUCAGGCCUUCGGGCAGGCUAUAUUCCCAUUCCUGUUAUUCAUGAGGGGACAGGGGGCAUCCCACAAACCCAGGUCAACCAGGCCUUCUAUCCAAAGCGCUUCACACAAACAGAGUACCAACCUUCUUUUCACUGCCGUCAACCUGAGGAAUGGAGUCCUGGCUCUGUGUUUUCAACACGAGAAAAAACUCCAACCUAUCGUGAGGAAGUGCCCAUUCAACUUGAGCAGAAUCACUCAGCCAGCCCAAAUUUACUCCCACACAAUAUAAGAGCUCAGGAGCCAGUCAGAGCACAGGUCAUGAGUGAAAGACCCCAGACCCAGCAGCAUGUUGCACAUACAGAGAUCCUUCCUAAAGUCGAUCAGUCAGCUGAACAACCUGCCAGCCAUCCUAUUGAGAUUCCUAUUAAGAAAGUGUGUGAUGUACAGCCCCCUAUAGCACACCCUGUAUCACCACCUGCACAGCAGCCCAUACAGGAACCUGAACAAGCACCUAUACAACAACCUGUGCAACAAUCUGAGAAACUGCCACCACCAAUGCCAGAGACUGCCAGUAUGCCCAUUCAGGUCCCCAUGGCAUCAGAACCCCAAGAAACAGCAGUGCCACAACCAGAUGCUUUGCCUCCGCAACCUCAACCUGAGGAGAAGGUGGAGCCAUGCUCUAGCCACCCAGGACUAGCAAAGGUUCAACAAAUAGUGGAAAGGGUGGACAAACUGGCCAAAGAGGUUAAGUGUUUUGAUGGAAAAAAGAAUGACAAAAGAUAUCUGAUGCUGGAGGAGUUUUUGACCAAAGAAUUGCUAGCUCUGGACUCGGUAGACCCAGAGGGACGUACAGAUGUGCGUCAGGCCCGACGUGAUGGUGUCCGUAGAGUGCAAACCAUUCUUGAGGAACUGGAGUCUAUGGGUGAACAAUCAGAAGGGCCGGUGAGUGACAGCUGCACUGAAGCAAGUAGCCCAGGUCAAAAAAGAGAGCCUAGCUUGAUGUAUCAUGCAGACAUGGAGAAAGCGAAAGAGAUUUCAUAACAACUGCAAAAGGUAUAGUAUGAAUGAGACACAAAUCACAUAUCUUGAGUCGCCUCAGUCUAUUAUUGGUUGCAUGCACAUUUAAUUUUAUCCGUUCCACUGGCUGAAAAUGAAUGUGAUUUGUUUACUGAGUGCAAUAACGUGUGCUGUUAUGUAAUGCUGCUGUUGUGGAAUUUUACCAUUCAAGUGUCUUGUAAAAAGACCGUAAUGGUGAUCUUGUGGUGACUAAGUUUCAACUUGACACUUAGUCUCAAAUAAGAGGCCUUUAUUAAAAUUCAAAUGCUUUAUUUUUGCUUUGAAUAAUGUUUGGUAUUUGUACUUUCUAAUGGAUAAUGAAAUGAUUUGGAAAAUUCCAGUAAGAAUACCCAUUAUUUAUUAGAGGAACACUAACCUGAGUUUAAGAGUAUCUCUGAUCUUAUUUUAUGAAACAGUAGGUAAAGAGUUUUUUUGGUUUUUUUUGGAAGAUUGCAAUGUAUAAAGAGAUC